AUGGAUUUGCAUUUUUCUGAUGAAGAUGUUGGGAAAGGCGUCUCAACCAGAGCGGUAGGCAGAACUCAGCAAGCAAGCUCUGGCUCCGCUCAUUGUGAUGACUCUUCCCCACUCCCUCCUCCUGCUGUUGGGCUCAUGUCUCCGUUACCAGUGACGGGUCUGGUACCAAGUACUCUGCUUAUAAGAGAACAAAAUCAAAAUCUGGCACAACAAGCAGAUAACAGUUCUUCUGAAGACAAUCCCACUGCCCAAAUUGAGAACAUCCCACUGGUCCGCCACCCGAGUAAGGUAUCCUUCAGGAUUACCAAUACGGAAAGCAAGAAAAUAGGACAUGACCAUAUGAACAACAACGAACCGUCGGAGACCACUGCUUUACUGACGGAAGGAGAUGUCCACGCGUCCCAAAAUCCAUAUAGUCAUCGGAGCAGCGCCAAAUAUUUGGAUGGAGAGGAGGGUGAAUUCGAGACGACCUGGAGAAAUGAGCUCAUCAUUCUGACCAAGUAUUCGUUACCCCUGAUGCUCACGUGUGUACUACAAUAUUCCUUAACUGGUGCAAGCGUCGUUGCUGUUGGACAUCUUGGCAAAACCGAGCUUGGAGCUGUUUCUUUGGCUAUAAUGUCGUCCAACAUCACUGGCUACUGCACCUAUGCAGGACUCGCCACCAGCCUAGAUACGCUUUGUGCUCAGGCCUACGGCUCCGGAAGACCUCACCUGGUUGGAUUAUAUCUCCAGCGAACUGUUUGUUUUCUAUGGAUCAUCACCAUUCCUAUUGCAGCCAUCUGGCUUAGUGGUACACAGAUCUUACUUCGGAUCACCCCUGAGCGUGAAUCCGCCGAGCUUGCUGGGCUUUUCUUGAAGGUAUUAGUCCUCGGUGCGCCUGGGUUUGCAAUGUUCGAAGCAGGAAAAAGAUUUGUGCAGGCUCAGGGACUCUUUAAUGCUAACCUAUACGUUUUGCUCAUAUGUGCGCCAUUGAAUGCUUUUAUGAACUGGUUGUUCGUCUGGCAUUUCAAUUGGGGAUUCAUCGGAGCACCAAUCGCUGUGGCCAUUACACACAACCUUCUUCCUCUCUGCCUAUGGCUGUAUGUCUAUUUCGUGGACGGUAGAGAGUGCUGGAAUGGUUUCACCACACAGGCGCUUCACAAUUGGUACCCAAUGAUUCGACUGGCCGUGCCUGGAUAUGUGAUGUUGAUAUCGGAGUUUCUUUGCUUCGAGAUUCUUACAUUGGCAUCCGCUCAUCUCUCCGCCACGGCGCUUGCAGCACAAUCUGUUCUUGCGACUCUGUCCUUUAUCACUUUCCAAAUUCCCUUUCCCGUCAGCAUUGCGGCUAGUACACGUCUUGCCAAUCUUAUAGGCGCAGGUCUGCCAGGUGCCAGUCAGGUAUGCAUUAAUGUGACCUUAGCGAUGGCCUGCUGCGCUGGAGCUUUGAAUGUUGUUAUGCUUACAACCUUGCGUCACCACAUUCCCAAAAUCUUCACGAGUGAUCCCAUUGUCACUGACCUGAUCGUCAACGUGAUUCCGCUCUUUGCUGCCUUUCAGAUGUUCGACGCUCUCGUUGCGAACAGUAGUGGCCUCUUGAGGGGUAUGGGACUUCAAAAGAUUGGUGGCUGGGUUGCUGUAAGCUGUUACUACGGUGUCAGUAUACGCAGGGACCACUCCUCAGAUCUCUACCUGACGCAGAUAUCUUACAGAUUGCGAUACCCGUGUCUCUCGGAGUAG